CUGGAUCCAUUUAUUAAUGGGCAGAGUGAUUUUUUUUUUAUCUUGAACCACUCAUUUCAUAAAAUUCAAAUAUGAUAAAAGCUGUGGGGGAUGGUAAAUCUUGUCCAACUGCAACCACGUAAAGUUAAUGUUUUAUCCCUUUUUGUCCCUGCUGCCUUCAAGCGCCUCCCAUGAGAUGGCGCCUCCUAUGAAUUGAAGUGGAAUAUCUUGAUGAAAGGACUCAUUCCCACCGCCAUUUCUGGCUGUCUUCUCCUUCUCCCUUUUGGCCCUCUCAUUCCCAGCUACACCGUUUUAUAUUUCUUCACAUAAUAUUCACAUUUUUGCUAAAUUUGGCGUUGGAACUUGCUGUUUUAUUUCAUCAGCCAUAACUCUGCCUCAGACGAGCCAAGUGUCACUUUUUUGUUUGCCGGCCCCUCUCCACACUCCUACCAAUGAACACACACACACACUCACACACACAUAUCCAUCUCAGGAAAUCGCAGAGCCUGUAAUGUCCCCCUGCUCCUCCUCCAGUCUUCUCCCCCUGUCAGAGUGAUGUAGGGUCACAAGAAUAGGGGAAACACCUUCCAAGGAGAAAACACACAUGCACGUUCACAACAAACACACACACAUACACACGCGCGCCAAACACAGCCCCUGACUGAGCGCUGCAGGGCCAGAGAACGACACAUGCGUUGCGUUGGACCGAGCUGGAUUCAAGUUUCACCAAAGUCAAGGUCCCCGGCGAAGCCCAACAGAGCUCAUCAGCUGACCUAACAUGGGAUGAACUCCUGACUUCAGAGCCUUAAGCUGUGCCCCAAGUGUAUCCUGAGUGCGAGCGUCGCCACAUCCCCCGACCUCUAACCCCGGAAGGGGGGCGGCCAACAUGCGCUGCACCACGGUCCUGGCCCUCCUGUUCGGGGUGGUGCUCUACCUGGGCAUGGGAGCGCUGGUCUUUCAAAACUUGGAGGCCUCCGAGGAGAGCGAUAAGUUCCAGCAGCUACUCGUCGCCAAGAACGACUUCCUGAGCAAUCACUCCUGCGUGAGUGAGCGGGAAUUCUACAAGCUGGUGAAGGGAGUGGCGUCUGCGGUGGAAGCGGGCCUGGAGGUGAGCAGCCUCUCCAGCAACUUCACCACGCGCUGGGACGUAGCCUCGGCCUUCUUUUUCUGCGGCGCCAUCAUCACCACCAUAGGUUUCGGGAACCUGUCUCCUCGCACGUGGUACGGACAGCUCUUCUGCGUGUGCUAUGCUCUUGUAGGCAUUCCCAUGUUUGGCAUCCUGCUGGCCGGAGUAGGUGACCACAUGGGCACUGUGCUUCGAAGGGCGGUGGCCAAGAUCGAGACCCUCUUUCUGAAGCGUCAUGUGCGUCCCACGACGGUGCGCGUCAUCUCGGCCGUGCUGUCCAUCCUGAUCGGCUGCCUCAUUUUCUUGGCCGUGCCCACGGUCGUCUUUCAGAAAUCGGAGGGCUGGUCCUUCCUGGAGUCGCUCUACUUUGUGGUCAUCACACUCACUACGGUGGGCUUCGGAGACUAUGUGCCAGGUGGGAAUGUUUUCUUCAUCAGAACAGAUUUUGGUGCGCAUUUGAUUAAAAAGAAUAUAUGGCCCUUCAACCACUCAGUGGAAUUCUUGGUGGAAAGGCAAGGAAUUGCCAAACAGUUUGAGUUCCGAGAAUCACAUCUUAAGAGACACAAUUGGAAAUUGUGUGUGUGUUCACGUGUGUAUCGAGAUGGUAGUCACGCUGGCGGCCUGUUCUUCAAACCUCUUGUGUGGUUGUGGAUCGUGUUCGGUCUGGCCUACUUUGCCUCCAUCCUCACCAUGAUUGGCAACUGGCUGCGUGUGCUCUCCAAGAGGACCCGCGCUGAGAUGGAGGAGCUGCGCGCUCACGCCACCGACUGGACGCAGCACAUGUCCAAGGAUUUCCGCAUUCCCAACCCUCUGGAGUUCAAUGACCCGUUCCUCUUGCAACGCCGGCGCUGGAAGCGCAGCGAGCGUCGCCGCAUCCGCCGCGGAGCUCAGGUCACGCUAGGCUACUGGGCCCGGGGCGGCUCGGAGAACGGACACCUCCCCGGCCACUGGGCCGGCCUGUCCAGCUCCAUGAGUCGGCUGGAGGGGCUGGGCUCCUCCCCGGAGAUGAUCAUGAUGACCAAGGUGAGGGGGAGGCCCGUGGUUGGCGGCGGUACAAUGCCAAGGGCCAUGCCGUCCGAGCCGUCUGCUGCUUUGCGUCAGCAGGUUGCGCGUCGCUCCUUACCCCAUCUCCUCACACGGCCCUUCUCCCUUCCCGCGGCUCCGUCCGCCUCCGAGCUGGACUCCCCCGAAGCCGCCGUACAGGAUGCCUCUUUCUCAGGAUCAGACUUGGACUCCAGAUCCGACAUUUCCUCUGCGUCUUCGUCCUUCUCGGUUCUGCGUAAGUUCCAGGCUCACCGUGCACUUGAAGCGGAAGGAGAUAGAAUGAAACUCAAAGAGGAGGUAAGAUGUGGGGAGAACAAUCCGAGUUCCGGCCCCCAUUUGCCAGCCCUUCCACCCUACUCCACGGGCCUCUUGGACUUUUUCGGCGAGAACUUGGCAUACAUCGACGAGUCGUCGGACGCGCUGAGCGAGCACGCAGACGAUAGGAAGCGGCGCUCGCGCAAGCCCAAGCGGAAGAGCCUGAGGAGCGUGAGAAGAGAGCCGGCAUACGAGUGGAGCCCCCACCAGGCGAGGAGGCCCGGCGAAGACUUGCAGCCACCGUCCAAUCCGCCCACGCCGCCUCCGGACUGGUCGCUGUCAUUACCGACUCACACGGACUUGCCACAGACGCUUUGAUGUGUGCCAUGUGAACAAAUACUUGUUUACGUCUCACCAACGACUUGUGAGGAUCAGCCAGGUUGUGGUAAUCUGUGAAAGUUGAAUGGAGGCAAGCGGACACCCUUGGCUCUUGAAGACGUUUCACCUUUAAUCCAAAACCAACCUUCUUAAAUUCUAACUUUUACACUAAUCUAAUGUGUGAGUAAUGUGCUUUUUUUUUUUUUUUU